GUGAUUGUAAUUUUCGAAAUUGAUCAACGUGACCCUUAAUCGUGUCAUUAAAAGCAGAUAAAAACACCACUGCUUUUUGGUUGCUAGUAAUGACUAGAUUGCUGCUCCCAGAACUAGAAUCCAAGUCUCCAAAUAUUUAGUCAUUUUAUACAGCUUAUUUAUUUGUGCUGGAAUACGGUCAUGUCACCGUCUGUCCAGUAAACAUCGAUAACGAGGUCUGAUUCUGCAAAUAUCAUCCGUGGUGUCCUAAAUCAUCUCAGCUGUGUACACGCCACCGAACACUAGGAGCUCAGUCCCUUGGACCAGAUUCUUGCCCCUUCCAAAAUGCUGAGCAUAGGUAAUACCAGAGGGGGUGGUUCUCGAGCCUUCAAUGUUGAUACUGAAGUUUGAAACAAUAUGGUAAGUGUCAAGGUCAGCCACCCGGUUGUAGUAGAGAUGACGGAGCUCUUAUUUAAAUUCACCCUUUCUCCAGGAAAUUCAAUCCCACCCUCUACGGUGAAGCUAGAAUCAAAAAGCUUCGGAUUGCGUGUCGAGGGACAAGGAGAAACGUCAGAUUAGCGUCGGCAACGGCUUCUCCAGUAUCACUGAAGCAGUCAUGAUGAGUGCCAUCUGUUUGAAUACUCUUGGGCUAAUGGCUAUACGUUGCACGAAUGAAAGAUUAAUUUCUGGUUUUUACAUAUCAUCGGAACUAAAACAAUACAAAGAAUCUUACGAAUUUA